AGUGACUUUKCAGGAUAAAAACAGACGUGAGGAAAUUUGAAGUUUAUUAACCUUUUUCUUGGAUAAAUCGUCAUAGAAAUCGUGCUUGUGACCAGYAUCACUACUUUUUAUCGUCAAGGAUCGUUUCUGAAAGACUUCAAGAUGUCGAGUCAAAUGGAGAAACACUUAUUUAACUUGAAGAUGGCUGCAAAACAAAUGGAGAGAUCUGCAAAGAAAUGUGAAAAAGAGGAAAAAGCAGAAAAAUUGAAACUGAAAAAGGCAAUUCAAAAAGGCAACAUGGAUGGAGCUAGGAUCUAUGGUGAAAAUGCUAUAAGACAAAAAAACCAGAAUAUCAAUUUCCUGAGGAUGAGUUCUCGUAUAGAUGCUGUUUCUCAGAGAGUGCAGACAGCUGUCACAAUGAAACAGYUGACAGGGUCCAUGGCUGGUGUCGUAAAAUCCAUGGACGCAGCAUUAAAGUCUAUGAACCUAGAAAAGGUCUCCGCAUUAAUGGAUAAGUUUGAGAAACAAUUUGAAGAUCUUGACGUCCAGUCUGCUGCUAUGGAUAGUGCUAUGAGCAAUACAACAACUCUCACUGUACCACAGGGCCAAGUUGAUUCAUUGAUGCAACAGGUCGCUGAUGAAGCAGGUCUUGAGCUAAACAUGGAAUUGCCGUCCAGUCAACAAUCAGCCAUUGGAACAGCGUCUACUGCAUCUGCAGAGCAGGAUGAACUCUCCCAGAGACUUGCAAAGUUACGUCAAAGUUAACCAUGAAAGAUGUCAUGUAUAUACUUAUAAUAGUCAAUUAAUKGAGAGGCUUCUUAAGAUACAUGUAACAUCAUCGAGCCUGCCAUAUCGGUCUUUUUCUACACAAAUAUGAUUUUCAAAAUCUUUGAUUCCAGUUUCUUUCACAACCGAUAUGGCUGAGACUAAURAUGGAGAACCUCGUUCAUUUUUUACCACAAACAAGUUAGUUCAAUGUAAUUUCAUAUUAUCAWAGCUCCAUUCUAACACGCGCCCUGAUUGGCGGAUUUCAUGAGAAAAGCUUUGGUUUAUUUUGACAGAUCUUUCCUCGUGUUCUCCCAACCAUCCCGCACGGUUUAUUUCGCCAGUAAAACCGCUUCAAGCUAUCGUCUAUUGCUAAAUAACUAAUUAGAAUUAGCACCUGCAUUGAUUCAUGAGACAAAUKAGAUCUUGUAACUAAUGCGACCUCCAUCUUUUAAAAAUUAAACAUUAAAAAUACAAUUAAAAAAAGUUGAAGAAUUUAGAUCGAUUUCGCAUAAAGGCCUUUUUACACUGUGUCUCAAUGCCGCUAGAGCAGGCGCAAAGUCUCAUUUAGAUUCUGCCUCCCAACUUACCUCGAACAAAACAAAUUGCAAGUUGCCUAGGAAAAUUGCACAGGGUAAUAGUGCCUUAACUCAUUUUUAGGUGAUAAUGUAAAAUAACAAGCAAAUGAGGAUUGUACAAGGAUAUGUGCGCUUAAUAACUUUAAAAUGGCAAGGCUUGUAAAAUAAAUCACGUUAUAACAUUU